AGGCGCUGGAGGCCGCCGCAGCCCCACCACCGGGCGCGGGGCACGGGGCAGCCGCGGCAGCGGUAGGGCCGGCUGUGGUGGCGCCGGUGGACCCCGCCAGGGCCACAGCGGCCGCGCGGAGGUCGGCCACUGCUCGGACAGCGCCGUGCUGCUCUGGCCCUGGGCCCGCCCCCGUCGCAGGGGCCGCCGCGGCCGCGCGCAGGUCGGCCGCUCCCGGAGCAGCUGCCCAGCCGCCGUCCCGCUCCGCGGGCGAAGAUGCGUCGUGCUGCUCCAGCCUCGCGCCUGCCGCGGGGAGCGGCGCGGGCGCCGCGUGCGAGGAGGACUCCCUGCGAGCGUGGGCGCAGCUGCUGGAGGUCAUGGCGUCCCUGCCGGGCCCCUGUGCCCCAGGCGUGCUGCUGCAGGCGCAGAUCGCGUUGUCGCGUGGGCACGGCCGGCUGCUUGGGCAUCGGCAGCUGUUCCUGGGCGGCCAGAACGCGCUAGCGCCGGAGGCGCGCGAUGGGGCGCUGCGGUGGUUACGAGCGGCGCGGGCCCAGGCGCUCAUGGUGGAGCAGAUGAUCGAAGAGCAGCUGGAGCUGUCGCGGCAGCCGCAGCUAGCCCAGCAGGCGCCCUGUACGCAGACCGAGCCGUGCAUGCAGGGUCCAGGACCACAACACCAACUGCACAUUCCCCCACAGCAGUCACGUCCACCGCUGCAGCAGCCCAUGCUGCAGCAGCAGCCCUGGCAGCUUCACACCCAGCAGAUCCAGCAACCGCAGCAGCUGCAGCAUGGUCAGUCACAACAUGUUCAGCCGUAUCGGCAGACUCACCAGCCGCGACCAUCGCAGCUGUCGCGGCACCAGCAUUUGCACAACUUCCACGAUUGGCAGCAGCAGCAGCAGCAGCAGCAGCAGCAGCAGCAGCCACAUCAGCUGCAGUCCCUGCCGCCCGCCCAGCCGUCCACUGCGAGGCCAAUGUCACAGCAGAGGCCACUCCAAGUCCAUGAUCAGCGAGCGUGGCGCGCGCGCUGGCAAUGGCGGCACGGCCAGCCCCAGCCAGCGCGGUACAGCCCGCCGCCGCAAGUGCAGGUGCGGCAGCAGACACGGCCGGCCACAGCACCAGCUGCGACACAGUCCGCGGCGCUUCCAGCAGUGGCCGAGGCACAGGCCGUGGCAGCGAUGCCUGCUGCGGUUCCAGCCAUGGCCCCUGCCUCAGCGACGACUCCAGCGCCACAGGAAGGGGCGCCCAGAGCGGGCUGCCACCCGAUGGCAGCAGGCAUGCCUGGUUUCACGACGGCUGGCGGCCGGAAGGUUCACCUCGACCCAGCGAGGCUCCAGGCCGCGCGGGCGCUUCUGUCGGCCGAGGGCCCCGACGAGGAGCACCCCGCCUCGCUGCCGGCGAGCUCGGCGGCAGGCACCGCCGCCCCGCGGCAGGCGUGGCCAGCCACGCCAGCAGCUGCGCCACAGUCCGUGGCGCUUCCAGCAGUGGCCGAGGCGCCAGCCCUGGCAGCGAUGCCGCGUGCGGCCCCGGCCAUGGUCCCUGCAGCUGCCCCGCCACAGGAAGGAGCGCUCGGAGCGGGCUGCCACCCGACGGCAUCAGGUCUGGGCAUGCCCGGCUUCACGACGGCUGGCGGCCGGGUGGUCGACCUCGAUCCAACGAGGCUCCAGGCCGCGGGCCCUGAGCGCUGAGGAGGAGCUCCCAGUCUCGCCGCCGACGUGCCUGGCGGCGGUCGUCGCCGCGGCGCCGCCAGGGCUGACACCUGGAGGGCGCGACACGGGCUAGGCGCACAGGCCCGCGGGGGCGGGGGCGCCGGGCGGGCC